CAUACGUAAACAAAACAUUGUCCUUAUUAAAAAACAGGUUAAAUUUACUAUUAUCCAUAGAUCCAGUGUAAGAAAUUAUAUAAAUUAGGAUUUCAAUCGACUAGGCUGGUCGGACUACCAGAUUGGAAUAUUCACUAGCCCAAAAGACAUUUCACUAGCUCAAAACAGUUGUUUAUAUUGCCUCUGAAUAUAUGUAGUAACCUGGUCGGGCUAGUUACUGUGACAGUGAAAAGUUGGUAGCCUGAGGAGAAAUUUAGUAGUCUGGGGCUAUAGGACUAUUGCUAAUUUCAAACACUGUAGAUCUCGUUUGAAUUGUUAUUAGUAGAUCACAGAAAAUCAGUAAUAGAUCUAGAUCUACAACAACAAUUCUGGAUAAAUCUAGAUGGAUGACGCGAACCUGACCGGAUAUAUCUAGUUAACUAUUCUAUAAUAUCAUUCAAUAGAUGGCCAAAAACUUUUAAAAUCAACAAGUUCAAUGUAGAUCUACAAUGUAUGUACACGUCCGAAUAAUGUGUAUAAUGUAUAGGCCUAAAUGAUGUUGACUUGCGAGUGAUUGAUUUUAAUUUUCGUAAUCGAUAAAUAUAUAUAUAUUGUGUGGAAUUUGCGAAAUUGUAUUCAGUGAAAACCCAUGCCAUGGUCGCUUUUAAAAAGUAUUUUGCUUAAUUAAUAGACUACGCACUGUACACAUAUUAUGCUUUUUUUGAUGCAAUAAAACAUGGAAUUAACAUUGUUUCGUUUGUUGUACAUUUUUUGUCGUUUGCUAUAGUUAAAAAUGCUAAGUAUACUAGUUAAACAUAUUUAUUGAUAGUAUAAAUUUAAUAACUUCUAUAUAGCUGGCAUAUAAAUAUAAGUGUUGCAGAUGUAUCUAUUCGAUCUAUCUUGCUUAAACAUAUAUCUUAUUGCAUCAAAUACAUGUCAAAUAUAAGGCCUAUACAAAAUUAUAGAUGAGUAUACAGCAAAUGGGUUGGGCAACAAGUUCUAGCAACAUUAAUUUAGAUUAUAAUUAAAGCCCUUCCCAGGAUAAAUCAUCAGUUAUUUUCAAGUCCUAUUUAGCUAUAACUGAAAGACAUAUACGAUCCACCGACUUUUGUGAGAAUCGUUUUUUAAUAAACAGUAAAACAGUAAUUGCUUUAAUAAGAAUAAGAUUUAUAUUGGGAUUGUUAUAGUCUGGUUGGUUUUUGUUUCCAUUUUAUUCAAGAAAAACUAUAUAGCUGGUUUCCAUUUUAUUCAAGAAAAACUAGCUGUUUCCUAAAAAAUACAUUUGUUUGAAAACCAGGGAUACAGAUAUUCUAGAUAUAGCUUACAAUGAAUUAAUCUGAUAUCUACCCUGAUAACACCAUAUUUCUUUGAUUUUAUCAGCCCGCGACCCGCCCUACUGACGAUUCGCCCCACAGUACGAGCUAAUUGAAGAACGAAAUUUCGUUACCUCCCCUGCAAGAGCUCUCUAUUUGUAAACAACUGCAUCAAUUGUUUUUAAAGUCUUUUUAGAUUACCACGGAUUGUAGUAUAUAGCGGCAAUAAUAAUAAUUAACAGUUAAUUUCGAGGGUUUCUACAGUACUGUAGACAAAACUGUAUGCGGGGAACAGUGACAAAGUGCAAUUUUUAAGUGAACAAAUGGAAAAAUGACAUGAUCAAACAUAGAUCUAUAGUCAAUUUGAUCAUAAAAAUAAUAUACAUAUUACAUGUAGACCUAAUGUAGACGAAAUAAAAGAAUAAAUAUAAAAUUGUCAAACUUUCAAUGAUGCAUGUUCAAAUAAUUUAAAUGGCAACACGUAGGACUCCAUAUAUCGAUAAUUUGGAUUUGCCUCAAACCUACUGUUUUGUAAAUUACUAAGUAAUUGUAUCUAACGUACGCGUACGGGACCAGUCUAAUGUGGAUCGAGUUCAAUAGCCAGCCAGUCGGUUGAUAAACAUUUUGUUUAAUCAAUAUAUUUAUGUCAUUUUUAUGAAUAAUUUCAUAUCACAGACUUUAUAAAAUCAUGUAAAUACAAUUUUGAUACUAUUGUAAAUGACUUUUAAUAUUUUAAGACAGUUGGCUGAUAUAGAUUUUUUACUACACACAAAAAUAUAUUAUACUUUUAAAUUACAAGGAUGAACAAGAACAAAAUGGCAUCUAAUUGGAUGGCAAGAUAAUGCAGCCAAAUCAGUUUCCCAUCUUGCCCAGAUUUCAAAUUGUAAUCGGCCUACAUUUAUUUAAGUGCCAGAACUUUUAUAGUUAAACGUGUCUACUAUAAGUAAAAUGGCAAAGUUACAUGAUGCUAGAGUUGUGAAAAUAUUUUUUUCAUCACCAUUUGGAGGAAUGGAGGAGGAGCGUGAAGAACUAACUAGACGUUAUUUUCCUUCCAUCCACCACCUGUGUAAUUCAUAUGGACUGCAAUUUGCAGCAGUAGACAUGCGUUGGGGGAUCACGUCAGAAUCGUCAGAUAAUGCACAAGUCAUCUCAAUAUGUCUGCGUGAGAUUGACAGAUCUGAUAUGUUUAUAGGAUUUUUCGGACAGAGAUAUGGAUGGCAUGGAGCAGAUGAUGCAGGUUUACAGAAGAAUUUUGAUAAUGCUAUGUCACUGUACCCUUGGCUGGAAAAGUUCAGAGACAAAAGUGUUACAGAGUUAGAAUUUCUUCAUGGAUUUUUGAAUGAUCCAGGUCACCUACCAGCAGCUAUUUUCUUCAGAGAUAAAGGAUAUGAUGACACAGUACGAGAAGAAGGAUUAGUAAAGGGAGACAAGAAACAAGUGUUCAAAUAUUCAGCAGAAAGCAAACUUUCUUCUAAACUGAUGGAUGAUCUCAAAGAACGCAUUUCCAAACACAGAGAGAAGAGUCUUGGAGUUCACAUGGAUUACAAAACACCAGCAGAAGCAGCAAAAAUAAUGUAUGAUACAAUAAUGUCAUACUUGAAGGAUACAUUGCUGGCCGAUUUCAGUGCUGAAAAAUUGUCAUUAAGGGAGGAGUUACUGAGUGAACAUCAGGCCUUCCUUUCUAGUAGAUGUAAUAUCUUUGUACAUGGAGAGAUUUACUUACAACAACUAAAUAAACAUCUUCUAUCAGAACAAGGGAAGAACACACUGGUUGUAGGAGGGGCUGGAAGUGGGAAGUCAGCAUUACUAUGUAACUGGAUAUCAGCACUUCAAAAAGACAACAACAACUAUAUCGUAGUCUAUCAUUUCAUUGGUUAUGCUGAUGGAAGUACAGAUGUCAAUAGCAUGUUAUCAAGAAUCACUAAAGAAUUCAAAUAUGUAUUAUCAAAAAUGAUGGAUGGAUCAGCAGUCCAUCAAGAUGAUGUAGAAGAUUUUCAAGGAGAUGAUUCUCAAAAUGAUGCUGAAAAGACACAUAUUCUGGUGCAAAGGUUACUUGCUGCUCUUGACAAAGUUAUUUCCAUAGGGAAAACACCAGUCUUAGUACUUGAUGGUUUAGAUAAAAUAGUCAAUGUCAGUGUGAUCAAAAAGGUUUUAUUCUGGUUGCCCAUACAUUUUCCAGCAUCAGCAAUGGUUGUUUUGUCAACGAUGGAUUCUGACACUGCCACCAUUGAUGAGUUACGCAGCAGGAAAUAUCAUUUUAUCCAUAUUGAUCCAUUACCUAAUGAAUAUAAGCAUGAAAUGUGUGUGAAAACAUUAAAAGAGACAGGGAAGGAGUUAUCCCCCACUCAGCUAGACCGUAUUGUUACUGCUGCAAUGACAAAGAAUCCACUGUUUCUCAAAAUCACCUUGUCUGAACUAGUAGCUUUUGGCUAUUUUCGACUUCUGGAUAAGAAAAUAGACUCCCUGAUCACAUCUGAAAGCAUUGAAGCUUUGUUCCUGCAAGUAUUAGCAAGGUUAGAAGAAGAUUACAAUGUGGAUGAUUACCAUGGUAACCUUGUUGAACAGGUGAUGUCUAGCAUAAUGUUGUCAAGUCAGGGACUCUCUGAGACAGAAAUCAAGCAGAUAUUUACUAUACCUGAUCAUGUUUGGUCUCCAUUUUACUUUGCAAUUGAGAAACUUGUUAUCAGCCAGUCUGGAAGAAUACAGUUUGGGUAUAAAGAAUUAGGACAAGGGGUAAAAACCAAGUACCUCAUGGAUGAAGAUAAAAAGCAAUUUUACCUAAGAAAGUUAGUGGAAUUUUACACAGUUGAGUUACAGAAGCUUGAUCAGUCAGACUGUUUACAUGGAGGAAACUUGAAAGUUUUUAGUGCAGCAAAUGAGCUGCCCCACCUGAUACUUCAACUUGGAGAUGCAGAACAAUUGAUCACAUGUCUCUCUAAUUUCUUUGUUUUCUCUCAUCUAGAAAGUAAGUCUCCAUAUCAUCUAAUACAACUAUGGCAUCAAACAGGCCUUCACGGAACAGAUAUUGCAGAGAAAUUACUAGCAUCUUUUGAUAAGAGAAUCUCAGAAAUCUAUCUUCAGAUGGAAGAAGAGCAACUCCUAGAAACUUCUGAAAGUCCAGGUCUCAAGUUGUUCCAGUAUUUACUGUCUGUAGAUAAUGCACUCACUAUAGGAGGUUAUACUGAAGCUAGGAAAACAGUUAUUGAGAGAGCUAUCACUAUUGCAAAAGAUGGAAUGGAACAAGGUAUGGGGGAAAGAGGAGCAGAGUAUUGGGAAAAACAUUUGAUGACGUUGAAGUACAAGUUGGCCUGUAUUUACUGCGAAUCAUAUCACACUGCUGAACAAGGCAUACAACUUCACCAGGAUUAUGUUAAAUAUUAUGAAAGCAAGUUAGACAAAGAUGAUAUUUCACCUGAAAUCGAAGUACAACUUGGACAUGCAUUUCAUGGUAUUGGAGUAGGUUAUUACUAUCUGCAGAACUAUGAGGAGACUAGUAAGUACAUGGAGAAGUCUUUGGAACACCAUGAAAAGUCUGGAAUUGGCACUAAGAAUGAUGUAGGGGCCACAAUGAGUAUGAUUGCAUCAUGCUUGUUGAAACAGGGUGAAUUUGAGAAGGCACUAGAAUAUCAGGACAAAGCUAUUGAGGCUUUUGAGACUUACUAUUUUGGAGAGAAUCCUCCAAUUAUAGGAGAGAUGUUAGCAAACAAGGCAUUGUGUCUGAGAAAUCUUGGUAGAAUGGAUGAAGCAGAAGCUAUGUACCGAAGAUCACUGGAUGUGAAGAUAAAAGCUGUAGGCAGGGACCAUGACACUGUUGCAAUGACUUUCUUAAAUCUCAGUGCCUUGGAAGGUAUUCGUGAUCAUAAUGAAAAAUCUAUAGAACUUACCGAAGAAGCUAUACAGAUAUAUGAGACUCUGGGAGAGACUUGGAACAAUCCAAAAUAUGUUGCUGCUCUUGAAAACCGUUUUCGAGCGUAUGUGUGUAUGAACAGCUUUGCAAGGGCAGAUGAGGGCUUCAUAACAUUAUUGGACUGGAGGUUAUCUGAUGGAAGUAUGGACAACUGUCUUGGAACAGUUUACCUAGACAUGGGACGUUAUUUUUUAAGAGAGAAGAUGUAUGAGAAGGCUUACAAGGUUCUGUAUGCAUUGAUUGGUUCAAAGUACAGACAGCAUAACCACCAUGUUGCAUAUAUCCUCCUUGAUAUGGCAUGUGAUAAUUUACCUUCACAGAAUUAUGAACAGCUACCAGAAGAUUACAGAAUAGCAUAUGCUGUGGAACAGGAACCAGCGGAGGUUAGUUUGAUGAAAACAUUAGUAACUGGCCACUUGAUUCCGAGCAACAAUAUAGAGGAGGUUGUCCGAGUGAUUAGUAGACAUCAUGAUCAGGUCAAUGCUUCUGAGGUGUUUAUACAUACAAUGGCCUGGUGUAUUGAUGGUGAUGGACAGAUAAAUGAGGAAUUACAGCAAGCUAUUCUGUCAGAAGGUUUAAGGAAGCACCCUGAAGACUUGGAUCUUCAUAUAAAUUUGGCAAAGAGUUAUUGUAGGAUAGAUAGACAAGAUCUGGCUCUGCCUCAUGCUGUAAAGGUAGCUGACCAGCAACUUGACAAUCCUCAGUUACUCUUGUUUACAGCACACACAGCUGCCCAGGCAAAUGAACACGACGUCUGCUCAAAAUGGUGCACAUAUCUCCUGGAACAUUUCUCUGAUGAAAGUAUUACCACACCGGUGCACAACAUAAUGAAGUAUGCUGAUGAAAUGAGGGAAAAUCAACAGCAAGAAGACCAGUCUACCAACCAGGAACAGUCUACAUGAGUUAUAUAUAGAAAUAGUGAAACAAACUGCUUUUAGCAACAUCUAAACACUUCUUUAAAAAAUCUCAGCCUGCUGUUUUGAACCUGAAAUUCCUUUCAUUACUUUUUAUGCUUCCCUGAAUGAUAUAAUUAACUCUUUCUUAUUUACGCAUCUUCCUUUCCAAGGUGCUCCUUUGCGGAGCAUCCAUUAUUAUCAAUGUAUCAUAGUUUAAUGUUUCUGUGACCCACUUUGUUUUGUUUAUAUAUUAUAAUUUUGUUGCAUCUAAAUGACCUGUGAUUUUGAUAUUGUGAUAAUAUUUGAUAUUUGUCAUGUAUUCUUUACAUAUUUAUAGCCAUUAUUUUACAAGAUAUUUUAUGAUUUUGCCCAUUUGAAAUUUUUACUAACUUGUAUAAACAUCAUCAUUUAUGAAUAUCCGUCCAAUAAAUUUAUAUAUUUUUUCAAAGUUUUUGUAUCUUUACUUUUGCAUAAUACAAUUAGUUAUUUAUAGCUCAAGGAAGGACUUUGAUUAUACAAUAUCUCUAUAUAUUUAUCUUCAUAAAGCUCUUUUUAAAGAUUUCUUCAGAGAUUGUCACUUAUUUCAUGUUCAGCAUUCAGGACAAGAUCAUACCAAGUUGAUUUGGUUUUUUGGUCAAAAAGAAUUUUUUUAGAUAAGCUCUACAUAUCAUUUUCUACAAUCAUUAUCCUUAUGUGCAAGACAUUCUAUUAGUGUUUUAAAUGUUGGUAUAUCUUUUGAUACCUUAUGUCAUAUUUUGUUUUGGCUUGAAGAGAAGUAAAACCAUGACCUAUUUCUAUUUUUACUUACAGCAUUUACAAAUCCAAUUGUAUUUAAUUUUGUAUAGAUAUGUUUACAUUCCAACAUGUUUAACAUCUAAUAAAACCUAGAAUCUUAA